AUGACUUCCAGAUCCUAUUUGCUACGCCUCUGCCGCGUGGCUAUCCCGAUUUUCUUAGUGCUAGCUAUUUACAGCAAUGGUGUUCAAGCUACAGUCGAAAAACCUCUAGGCUCACUUACGGUACCUGAGAUUGAGGAACAAGUUGAGUCAUGUGAAUUCGUCCAGCAACUCAAUGCCCACAAAAAGGCUACCACGCCUUUGGCCUCAGGCUUCAUGGCCAAGCUUUUCGCCGUACUCUUUCCUGGUAGUCCAGCAGUCAAUGCACUCCUCGCGACUCUGUACAUCUCCGGGCCUCCAAACUUUCUUCUAGCACUAUGUCCUCCCAACAUAGACCCCAAUUCGCUUUCCGUAAUGGUCGCUUUUGCUGUUGGUGGACUGCUCGGAGACACGUUGUUCCAUCUACUUCCUGAGAUAUUUCUGGGUGAAGUUGCCCCUGAUGAGGUCAAGUUUGUGAUGGUCGAGCCAAACCGCAAUCUUUUACUGGGCGCAGCCAUUAUGGUUGGGUUCUUGACGUUUGUACUUAUGGACAAGAGUCUGCGGAUCGCAACUGGAGGUCAGGAUCCUCACAACCACGAUCACGGGCACUCGCACGAGAAGACUGAAGUCGUCAAAGCCAGUGGCAUGGAGAAAAAAGACACAACAACCCUCAAAUCCCGCGCCACAGCCAACGGUACUACUACUUCUUCUUCAUCGGCCCCUGAGACCAAUAAGGAGAUCAGUCCCUCUGUCAAACUCUCCGGCUACCUAAAUCUCAUUGCCGACUUCACACACAACAUAACCGACGGCCUUGCCCUCUCCUCCUCCUUCUACGCCUCGCCUACCAUAGGCGCAACCACCACUGUCGCCGUCUUUUUCCACGAGAUCCCGCAUGAAGUAGGAGACUUCGCCCUGCUCAUCCAGUCUGGCUUCUCGAAGCGCAAAGCCAUGGGCGCGCAGUUCAUCACCGCUGCAGGCGCGUUUCUCGGCACGCUAAUCGGCAUCACAGUACAAGAACUUGGAGGGAGUAGUUCGGGGGAGAACGCGGUCGAGGGGGUCGGGCUCGCAGGGACGAGCUUGAUGUGGGGAGACUUACUGCUACCAUUUACCGCCGGGACGUUUUUGUAUGUGGGCACCGUUGCCGUCGUACCGGAGAUGUUGGAGACGGGGCCGGACCGAAAGAAAGAAGUUAAGAACACGAUCACACAGUUUGCAGCUAUCGCAGCAGGCGCCGGUAUCAUGCUUGGGUGA